AAUGGCUCCCUCUACAGCUCCUCUCACGCAUCAUUUUUUAGAACUCGUCCCUGCCCGACAUCGUCCCCUACUUGCGGAGUUUGACCAGUAUUUUUACGAUGCGGCGCAAGAACACUUCCUCCUAAUCAAAGAUAAAAUGUAUAGAAUUUUGCCACUGGGAGCCUCAAGACCUUCACAGCGU